AUGCGGGUACCGGAAGUUUUGGCCUCCGCCGUUACAGCCGGCGCCUUCACCAUCCCACCCACGGCAAAGAUGUCUGCUGCGGCGACGCCCGAGACGCUCCCUCCGCUUUCUAAUGGGUUUUCUGCGCGGUCACCUUUUGAGGAUCACCUCACGCUCGUUUCGCCACGACACUUGCGAACUAUGCAAGAGGCUGGGUGCACCUUCAUUUAUGUGCUGCUCUGUGAAGGGCGAGCGGAGCUACCGCAAAUGGCACAGAGGGCCAUGUCUUGGUCCUGCUGCCCGCAUGCGUGCUUGCAUGCUAUUGUGGACGCGGCUCAUUCCACGUCGCACGAAACAUUCAAGGCCCUGUGGAGUCCAGUCGCCCUCGUCUCUGUAUUUAACGCGUUGCAGACACAGAAUCGCUUCUGA